AUGACCACCGCCUCCAUCUCAUCGGAGGUCACCAACAACCACAUUCUCCCAUUUAUCCCUAUCGUCUGCAUAUGGAGACCGUUUUUGCCCACCAUUCAUGCCUCACCCCUCUCCCUCCUUAACUACCUUCGACGACGACCACCUCCUUCAUCACUAGAUCUCUCUACCCCAUCGUACAUGUUAUUGUCCAACGUCACCAUCUUAACAUAUCCUAAAGGCAAAAUCCACUUCAUGCUACGUCAAACAAUGUUGGUUUUGAUUUUAGAUUUAGUGUUCCCAUUUGUUUGUAGUGAUGGAGAAGUAACCAGCUCGACACCCACCCUUGAUCUCAAUCCUACCAUCUCCAACAUAUCACAACAUCUGGCGCCAUCCGGACGUAUCUCCAUAACGAUACAUCCACGAAGCAAAACCAAAGAGAAAAGACGGCAGGCGAAAUUCCGGCAACGUCAGGGGGAACGGAGAAAAAGCAUGGUGCGUCCAAUGCAGCCGUUAGAUGGAGAGCAAGUUUCCAUCCAGGAAGAACACGCUUCAAAUUGCACGCCAGUCUCACAGACACCAUCCAGCUCUACAGCUGAAACGGCGGCAACCUAUAUAACCAGUCUAUGGCGUCCAACAAUUAACCCAUCUCAGCAAGCAGCAAUCGUAACCGCAACUCCACAGAUUGUCGCAACACAGCAAACAAAGAUACAUGUUUCUCAACAACAAUCAUUUCCACACAAUUCAGGAACCUGA